AUGAAUGCACCUCAUCUCAACUUCAUAGAUAAUAUACCCAUCUCCAGGCAUAGUAAAUCCUUCAAGGAGCGAUGCAAGGAGAUCAGAAACAAGUGGAAAUUGGUCAAACUGAUGAUGGGGAAGGAAGAGUCGAGGAGUUUGCUGCAUCCCGUCAUGGUCCAUUUGGGAUGGAGGUCAGUCCAAGGUCAAAAACAUGUUCAAAAGAGCUGAUAUUGUUUGAAUAUAACUAUAAGAAGUUUUUUAUAUAGCCUAGGGACUUCAGGGAUUCAUAUUAGCUCCAUUAUUGUCAUUAGAUCUAUGAUUUGACUUAUUUUGCCUAAAUUUUUAUUUUUAGACUAGGUACUGUAAUAUAAUUUUUAGGAUGAUCAGAGUAAAGUCGAACCGAAAUCUUUCGGUUGGCCAAAAGAUCAGUCAGAAAUACAGAUUUUAUCAGCCGAUGCCUCGAUUUCGCCCCUUUGCUUGCUCAAAAUGCGCCCUCAGUUCCCAUAAUUUAGUCACGAUCAAGGCACAUAACUGUCGACGAAGGAAAAGGAGAGAAUUGAAUCAGGAGGAAAUUCAGAAAGCAAUAGAUAAUGGACACAAGAGUGGACUCAGGAACCCAUUAAGGACUAUGGAAAGCAUUGACAAUCCAUCCAAAUUUGUAAUCGAAAAAUUGAACGUGGAAUAUCAGAAGAACCUCGGGAAAGAAAGGAGGAUUACUCGGUAAAUUUAUAUUCAAAUGGCUGUUAAUUGAGCGGAAUUUUAGCCAAAGGAUCCCCAAGAUGUUUCGAGAAAGCAGCAGCGAUCUUUUACUUCCGGUUUUUACAAAUUCAAAGGAAAAUUCAGGGGAAAUUUUAAGGGAAAAAGAAGUUUGCUACAUUUGUCUCAAUUGUGGAGGGCAAUAUCAAAACUACAAGGAGUUUGAUGAUCAUCUGUACGUAUCAGACAACUGCGCCAACCCAAAUAACGACAUGACGGUCAUAGUAAGUUUGGAAAAUGCCAUGUUUUAUCAAAAAGCAUAUUAAAAAAAUGUUAAAACUGAGCUUUUAUAAAAAAUGCUCUGGAAACAGACGAAAUAGAAAGAGGAAAAUAAUGUUAAGUUCAAUUUCAGGUAGAAAAUCACUCCUUUCCCCUGAAUUACACCAAGAUCUCGAAGGAUGACAUAAUAAAAGAUGACGAUCUCAGAUGUCUCGGAUGCCAAAAAACAGACUUUGAAGACAUGGUCCAACUCCAAACACACGCAUUGCAAUGUAAUGUACAGUAUUAG